AUGGAGGACCCUGAGAAGAAGCUGAACCAGAAGAGUGACGGCAAACCACGGAAAGUACGAUUUAAAAUCUCUUCCUCCUACAGUGGCAGAGUGUUGAAGCAGGUCUUUGAGGAUGGGCAGGAAUUAGAGUCGCCAAAGGAGGAAUACCCUCACAGUUUUCUCCAAGAGUCCCUUGAACCGGUGGAUGGUGUUUACGGGUCUGGGGAAGCCCCCAAGCCCCAACCAUACUCCCCUAAGCUGACUGCUCAAAGGAUCAGCGUGUUUAGAGAGGGCAACGCCUACAGUUUGGCGGGCAGCCAGCCUUUCUUCAAUGAUUACAAGGCGAAUGACCAUAAGUCUUCACCUAUUAUAGAUUUUGGAAAGAUCAUCAUCUACACGAAUAACUUGAAAAUCAUUCGAACCCCAAUGGACAAGAGAGAUUUCAUGAGGAAAAUUCUCCAGAAGGAAGAAGAGGCUGAGGAAGAGUCUCUGGUGAGCAAAGAAGAAAUCUAUGGAGAUCGUGACCAGAACGAUGGGCAUUUGCCAGACGCGGAAAGCACUUUCUCCCAUAGCCAGUACCCACAGGAAGGGGAGCUUCCCGAGGACAACUGUUUUCACUGCCGAGGGUCGGGCAGUGCCACCUGCUCUCUGUGCCACGGCAGCAAGUUCUCCAUGCUGGCCAACAGAUUUAAGGAGUCCUAUCGGGCCCUGCGCUGCCCUGCCUGCAAUGAGAAUGGCCUGCAGCCUUGCCAGAUUUGCAAUCAAUAGCCCGUGGCUUUGUACAUCUGAUGUGAUCGCAUCCUUCCUGAAGCUAUUUCUAAUAAACUGCCCCCUCCUUCUCUUUCCUCGCCCAGCAAGGAAGCCACAGUGGCUUGCGACCACUUCCACCACUGGCAAAACUCAAUCGCUUGAUAACAUCUCAUAAGGCUAGGAGCAUCUCCGUGUGGUUCUAAGUGGCAGAGGCAAUUUCGAAUUAGAGUCCGCUUUGAAACAGGUUCUAAAAUUAUCCUUCCAGGAAUGUGUGCGUGCCUCUUACUUGACUUAGCUCAGCUUUUCCCUUGCACUAGUGAGCAAAUAAAUGUACAUUUCAGGCAGUAGGUUGAAAUCAUUUUCUGGUUGGGAGUUAUUUUGCAAAAUUAUGCAGCGAGAAAUGAAUAAAAAAGGCAGGUUUCUGAUGAACUGAAUUCCUGUAGCUUAUAGUGCAUUUCAAAUCAUUAUUGAUCAGAUUGAAUUUUUAAUUCAGCAGAAGAGAAAAGGGAUGCCCCUAUGUGGAAUGUAUGAGCAGGCCACUGGAAA